AUGGAGAAUAAAAAUCUGAAGCACCUUAAUUUAUCAGCUAAUGGAAUUGGGCCGCGUGUUGGGUGUCGUGAACUAGCCUAUGCUCUAAGAAAUAAUCAAACAUUGAAAACACUAGAUUUAAGUGACAACCGAAUAACUGCAGAGGGGUCUGUUUUACUGAGCAAAGGAUUUUAUGUGAAUUCAACACUAACUUGUCUAAAAAUGGCACGUAAUCCAAUGCAAACUGCUGGUUGUUUUGCUAUUUUAACAGGAAUCUUGAGGAAUCCAAACUGUGGCCUAUUAGAACUUGAUUUACAGGACAUUAUAGUGAAUCAAGACUUCCUUGAUUUACAAGAUUCAGCGCGUAUAAAACUUCCUAAUUUAUGCGUAAGAUAUGGUCAAACAUCGAAUGAUAAAAUUAGAGCUUUAUCACCACGAUUCAAAAGACCAGAACAAAGUCCAAAAGAAAUUUUAAUCACUAUGGGACGCUGUACAAAGCAAAGUCUUGCAGAUUUAUUACGUCCUCUAGAUACUGUUGGAGAUAAAAUUGUUACUCGUCAGGCAUUUGUCAAAAUUUUAAAUAAACUUGGAAUACAAUUUACUGAGGAACAAAUGAAGCAAUUAAUGCUAGAACUAGAUCCAAAUAACCAGCAAGAGAUUGGUUUCGCAGAUUUCGAAAUAUGA